CCCCCCAGGCGGGUUCUGAUUGGGCGAUUCCCCCUCCUCCUCCUCCUCCAGCCCCGCCCCGGCUGCUCCCUGAGCUGGGCUUGGAAAGUGACCAGCGCUCCUCCGGGCGCAUCUCGUCCCGAAGCGCCGUUUCCAUCGGGAGCUCGGUGGGAACGGCGAGAAGGCGAAUCUUGGCGCCCAACCAGCCAGCCCCGUCCGAGAAAAAGGGGAGCGGAAGCCCCCCGGAAAGGCUGGGAAGCGGCGGCGAUGGGGGAUGGAGAGCCGGCGGGGCGGCUGAGGCUUCCCACGCGUUGGGAGAGGCGGCUGCUUCCUUUGCUUUAGAUUUGAACUCCGCGCUUGAACCGUCCGUGUUUUUUUUUUCCUUCCUUCCCUUUCUUUUCUUUUCUUUCCCUUCUUCCCCCCUCCUGGCCAGGGAAGUCCGUGGAAGCAUGCCUUGGACCCGGCGCUUGCUCGCCCUUCUCCUUCUCUUGGACCCGGCUUUUUGCAAUUACUCCGAGGAUCAGUGCAGUUGGAGGGGAAGUGGCCUGUCCCAAGAAGCUGGCAGCGUGGAACAGAUCUCCUUGCACUGCGCUGAGGGAUCCCUGGAAUGGCUGUAUCCAGCCGGAGCUUUGCGCCUCAGCCUGUCUCCCCGCCUGCCCACGGGCCCCGCCGGCAAAGAGAAACCGCAGCACGUCACCGCUUGCAUCAAGUCCUCCAGCAGCUUCCGGGGAGCCCAGAUUUACCUGGAACGGGACGGGGUCUUGGAACUGCUCCUCUCGGAGACGGAGGCGGCCCUGCAGCCCAAGGUGCGCUGCUUCAGGUGGCUGUCCGGAGAGAAAGUGGCCCUCUUCCUCCAGUCUACUCUGCACCAAGACAUCAGCCGUCGAAUCGCAGCAUUCCGGUACGAGUUGCGGGGCGAGUGGAAUGCCCACUUUUCCUGGCCCUGGAGGAACCUCAGCGUGGAAGAUGCAGGGACUUGCCGUCCGUGUAACAACACCGAAAUCCUGAUGGCGGUUUGCACAAGUGAUUUUGUUAUCCGUGGCAACAUCAAGUCCAUCUCCAAUGACAGGGAAGCCCAAGAAUCGAUCAUCGGUGUGAGCGCCACGCGGAUCCAUCGCCAGAAAUUUGCUCUGUUUCAACCAGUCGGCAAAUCUGGAAAAUCCACUGGCAACAUCCACACCCUCCUACGAUGUGGGGUGAAACCCGGCCCAGGAAGCUUUUUAUUCACCGGGUGGAUGCACUUUGCAGAGGCCUGGCUCACCUGCGCUCCCCGAUACAAAGACUUCAUCCGCAUCUAUGAGGAGGCGCGACAAGCUCACGAGAACCCCUGCGAAGUCUCGUUGGACUGACUUGAGACAAGACGAGCUCAGGAAGAAGGGGAGCCUCUGGGGCUGUGAUCAAGCCAGAAUCUGCCGUCCUCAUCUCGGCUGCGGGAGGAGAUCCUUGUCCUUAGAUCCAAGCAGGACAAGCUUUUUCCUUCCUCUGGAGACUAAACGGUUCUACCAACCCAUAACUCUGUCUCUGGUUGUCCACCAAUGAGUUGUCUUGGCAAAGUCUGAGAGGAACCUCGUGAGAUGUUCUCUGGUCAA